AUGGAGGACAAGCCAUACACAUCCCCCGUCGAGGAGAAGCCCUCAACGGCAGGGAUCACAGUCACGAUCGAGACCACAACCACACCAAACCCACCUACAACCUCCAGCGGAAGGCCGCAGUUCGGCCAUACCAGGCAGAAUGACUCCGUCUCAUCCACCUUCUCCCAAGCUUCCGCCAUCUCCACAUCAUCAACCAACUCGGAAAAGCCUCUCAUUGUCAACGAGAAGCGGCUCACGUACCAGUCAACAUGCCCAACUAUUGUCGACCUCGAGGCCCAGACCGAGGAGGAUGACUACAAGCAGAAGCCGUUGGGGCGUGUCCGAUACACGAUCCUCACCAUCUACCGUCGUCUGUUCACGAUAGCCUUCAUGGGCAACGCCAUUGCCUUUGUCAUCAUGAUGAUCAAGGGUGCCACGCCCAUGGACCUGGUCAACGCUUCUGCCGUCAACAUCGCUGUCUGCGGCUUGUGCCGUCAACCCCUUGUCAUCAAUGCCCUCUUCCUCAUCUUCGGUUCCAUCCCCAGAUCUGCACCCAUCAGGAUCCGCCGCUUAGCUUGCAAGGUCUUCCACUUUGGCGGCGUCCACAGCGGGACAGGCGUGGCAUCGGUAGUCUGGUACAUUGGCUUUGCGGCUUUGUACACGUAUGACUACAGGCCAUCAGUCAUCAACACCACCGUUCUAACCUUCGUCUGGGCCGUCCUAGGCUUCCUCCUCUCCAUCGUCAUCGUCGCCUACCCCACGUUCCGCAUGAGGCUACACGACUACUUCGAGCUGACCCACCGCUUCGCGAACUGGAUCAUCCUCGUCCUCUUCUGGAUCCUUCUCAUCUUGCUCGGCGCCCAGGAAGCCAGCAUCGGUCACUUCCUCGUCCAUCUCCCUGCCUUCUGGAUCCUCAUCGUGCUCACCGUGGCCACCAUCCACCCGUGGCUCAUGCUCCGCAAGAUCGAGGUCAAGCCCGAGCCUCUCUCGGCCCACGCCAUCCGCCUUCACUUCAACCACACUGAAGUCGUCUUCGGCCAGGGCAUCUCUGUCGCCAAGCACCCGCUCAAGGACUGGCAUUCUUUCGCCUGCUUCACCGACAAAUUCGACAGCCCCGACACCAAGUUCUCGUGCAUUGUCUCCAAGGUCGGCGACUGGACCAAGUCCACCAUCAACGAUCAGCCCACCCACCUCUGGAAACGCGGCGUGCCCACCUACGGCUUCGGCUACGUUCUGCGCAUGUUCCCCAAGAUCAUCGUCGUCACCACCGGUUCCGGCAUCGGCCCUUGCCUCUCCUUCAUCGAGGACGCCAACAGGCCUGACAUGCGCGUCAUCUGGCAGACCAAGUCCCCCCUCAAGACCUACGGCCAGCGCACCCUGGACCUCGUACACAGGAUGGACAGCAACCCCGUCAUUCUUGACACCUCCAUCACCGGCCGCGUGGACAUGUUGCCCAUCGUUCUCCGGUUGUUCAAGGAGUUCAACGCCGAGGCGGUCUGCUGCAUCAGCAACCCCAUGAUGACCAAGAAGAUUGUGCAUGGGUGCGAGAUGAGAGGCAUCCCGGCUUAUGGCCCCAUCUUUGACAGUUAA